GAGAGAGAGAGGAAAAGCAUGUCCUUCUUACGUUGCAUAUUGAAUAGACCAACAAGAAGUCCUUCAUUUUUCGCUCUUCUGAAGCGCAAACGAUGUGAACCAAGGACUCAGGCUCUUUGCCAAAGUUUUCUUUUUCUUUUUCAAUGUUUCCUAGGCCAAAGAGUCUGAUGGUGUAUGAUCCGGUACUGGAUGGGUUCGAAACCUUACCACCUUGUAUAAUUGUAUUAAAAAAAAAAUCCUUCAGUGCACGGGAUUAGGGUCAUUCUCUACAAAAGGAAAAGGGAGAUGCUUUCUUUCACCCUUGGGUUCGGGUACAAGCCCCAAAAGAAAAAGAACACUCAGCUAGUCAGCUUCGAUCCCUGGGCCUAAGCAUCUUAAAUGGGUGCUCUUCAAGCCACAGUUUUCUUCUUGAUUCUAUUGAAAGCACGCGACGUUACUGUAGCCGAGAAUGAUGAAUGGAAGACUGCUACUGCAACAUACUCCAAAGAAACAGACGGGUCGAUCAUUACGGAAGGAGCUUGUGGUUAUGGAGACCUCCACAAGUCGAGUUAUGGGAAGCACAGUGCUGGCCUGAGUACCAUAUUGUUCAACAGGGGGAGUUCUUGUGGGGCUUGCUAUGAGCUGAGAUGUGUUGACCACAUAUUGUGGUGCUUGCAGGGAAGCCCAUCUGUUAUUCUCACUGCUACAGAUUUCUGCCCUCCCAAUUACGGGCUCUCAGCCGAUUAUGGUGGCUGGUGCAAUUUCCCCAAACAACACUUUGAAAUGUCGGAGGCUGCAUUUGCUGAAAUUGCAGAGAGAAAAGCUGAUAAAGUUCCAGUGCAGUACAGGAGGGUGAAGUGUGAAAGAAGGGGUGGGCUGAGAUUCAGUCUCAGUGGAAAUUCACGCUUCUUUCAAGUUCUUGUCACCAAUGUAGGUUUGGAUGGUGAAGUUGUUGCUGUGAAAGUGAAGGGAUCAAGAACGGGAUGGAUACCUAUGGGAAGAAAUUGGGGACAAAACUGGCAAUGCAAUAUCAAUCUCAAAGGACAGCCUAUAUCUUUUGAGGUGACCGCCAGCAGCGGAAGAACACUCGCAUCUUAUGCUGUUGCUCCAGCAAAUUGGCAGUUCGGACAGACAUUUGAAGGGAAACAAUUCAAGUAGUAAUCUUCAUUCUUCAUUUCUGGAAUGUGGGUUUCAUCUUGAAACUUAUCUAGUUUUGAUCAUGAUCAGUUCAUCAGAAUGGAGGAUCCAAGCACAUUUUUACAGAUGAUAGCCACAUAUAUGCAUCUCUAGUCACCGAUCAAAGUUUCCAGCUAUCCUACAAAGGUGUCGUAUGGUCAAAAUCUGGGUUGAAAGUUGUGAAGGAAGUUGAAAAAAUUGGAAUACGAGGUCCCCCUUUUUGUCUCUUUAUGAUGGUGAUCAGAAAAGCAGGAUUGUAGGUGGAAUGUGCAAUUAUUAGAAGUAACAGUGAAUAUACAAUACCAUGAUCUUUUUACAGGAA